CUAUUCAAGAGUCUAGGGGGCGAUUUAUCAACACUCAAUUGACGAUUUAAUUACGUUUUGUGUAACAAUCAUUUUGCAAUUUAUCGUAAAUUGAAAAAAAUUAAAAAAAUAUUUCUCGCUGAUGACUUCUUAUCUACAAUCACUCUCGGCUAUAUAUAACUGCAAUUGCAUUGAAUGGGAAUAGUACAAAGUGUUUUUUGUAAUGCAGUGUGGUCAAAUGUGUAGUGACAAUCGGUGAAUCUAUAUGUGAAAUUACACGGCCAGUCAUUCAGUACAAAAAAAAAUGUUUUUCAUCAGUUGGUUCAUUUUGCUUAUUGGAUUAAAUUCGUUGAACGCCGAAACUUUCAUCAAAGAAUUUCAAUUGACGAAAUCACCGGACGUAACUCGUCUUCGCGUUGAAUAUUUCACAAAUGAUGCGUCCCAAUCACCAAGUUCCUUAACUUAUUCGUUAUGGAAGGGCCAACAAGUCGUUCAUGUGUCCCAAAUAAAUCAACAGUUCGGUCAAAAUUUCAAACUGACCGAAGCCGCCAACAACUUUCUGUUUGACGGAUCCGAUUCAUCAUUGCAAUUUCAAAUUGAAGAAGACACCGAACUGUAUGCAAUUGUGUCGGUUACGCGAAGUUCAAAGAAAGCGGUCACAAUGGACGACUGUUUCAAAUUGAAUUCGCAGGAAGUUAGUUGGUAUGGAGGACCGCAGCAGAAGUAUCAAUAUUGGCCAAUUGAUCGCUUAAAUCUGAAAGACUAUUCGUAUAUAACGAAAGAGGCCGACAACUGUGGUGUUGCUGAACGAUAUUGGUUGAAUUCGCGCGGUAUUUUCAUCUAUGUCGAUGCAGAAGCGCCACUUUUCUUGAAUCAAGCUCCGAUGGAGUCGCUGUGCUUGACCGUUGAGAAGAAGUUACCCUAUUACGCACACGACAACGAAACGAUCUCCUUCAAUUACAAAAUCGGUAUUGCUGCAGAUGCCCGACAGGCACACAUGAUGGCUAUAGACAAAUUCUUGAAGAAACCUACUGGUUACCCCGAUGAAAGAAUGGUUCGACAUCCCAUUUGGUCGACGUGGGCUCGAUAUUAUGCUCCCAUAAACGAAUCAGUUUUGACUACGUUUGCCAACGAGAUCUUGCAAUACAAAUUCAACAACAGCCAGUUUGAGAUUGACGAUGCAUGGGAAAUAUGCUACGGUGCCACCGCAUUCGACACCACGAAAUUCCCCAACAUCAAAGAGUUGACCGAUUCGUUAAAAUUGCAAGGUUUUCGUGUUACAUUGUGGAUCCAUCCGUUCAUCAAUAAGGAUUGCAGCCCAUACUUUGAAGAUGCUCUAAUCAAUGGGUACCUAGUGUUGGAUCAGAAUGGUAACGCGUCGACACAAUGGUGGAACAGUCAGAGGGGGGAAGCGGGUUACAUUGAUUUUACCAAGCCAUCUGCUGCGACCUGGUUUUCCGACAAGCUAAAAGUCCUGGCAGAAGAUGCUGGCAUUGACAGUUUUAAGUUUGAUGCUGGAGAAUCGUCUUGGGCACCAUACGACCCCGUUCUCAGCGCAACUCCUAAGCGUCAUCCGCUUGCUAUCACCACUGAUUACAUAAACACCGUUUCGAAAUUCGGUGCAAUGGAAGAAGUUCGUUCAGCUUUUCGUAACCAAGAAAUGCCAAUUUUCCUGAGAAUGAUCGACAAAGAUUCUGAAUGGAACUGGAACAACGGUCUACCCACCUUAGUGACCACAUUACUUCAAUUGAAUAUGGUCGGUUAUCCGCUAGUGCUUCCGGACAUGAUUGGAGGAAAUGGCUACAAUAAUCGUCCGCCGAAUAAGGAAAUGUUCAUUCGCUGGCUACAGGCGAACGUUUUCAUGCCCAGUUUGCAAUUUUCAUUCGUACCAUGGGACUAUGAUGCUGAAACGAUUGCCAUUAGCCAUACGUUCACCGACCUUCAUGCCAAAUAUACGGAUGUGAUAAUGGAACGAUUCAAAUUGGCUAGCGAAAAGGGUGAUCCUGUCAAUCCUCCAAUUUGGUGGAUAGCGCCUGACGAUCGGGUUGCACAAUACACCAAUGACGAAUUUUUGUUGGGUGAAGAUAUCUUGGUUGCACCAGUUCUAGUGGAAGGUAUGGUCUCACGAGACAUUUAUCUACCUCGCGGAGUGUGGAAAGACGAAAAUACCGGAGAUACCCUAACUGGACCCACUUGGUUGUACAGUUAUCCGGCAAAUUUAUCGGUGCUGCCAUAUUUUACCAGGACUGGUGCUACUUCCAGCAGUACUUCGGUGAUUCAAAUAUCGGAAAUUAGCGCAACAAUGAUUGCACUAUUUGCACUACUGUUCUUAUCUCGGUUUUAGUUUAUUUAAGUUUAUAAUUGUAAGUUUAACGUAAUUUGAAGUGGUCAUCGAUAAUAAGAUAAUAAAAAUCAAGUCAACAGCA